AUGGUGAUGAAAAGCCGCAGAACUAAAGUGACGCAAUUACGGCGGAAGAUUUGUUCGCAGAAGAUUAUGACGAAAAAAGGAAGACGAAAGCGGACAAAUGGAUACAUAGAGGUUACUUUUGACUUUUGUGUAAAGAGAUUUCAGAACAUCGAAAUGCCAUUGCCUUCCACAUCAUUUUCACAGUCUGCGAAAUUGGUGUCGAAAAUUCGCCCGCAUAUUGCGAAAAGUGAUAACUUGGUUGAAGAUUGUUUCCCGUUCUCUGAGCUUCCUUUGAAUGUUCAAAAGAAAAUUUUGUCCUACUUGCCAUUAAAAUGUCGAGUACGACUUGAACGUGUUUCAAUGACCUGGAAGAGAUUACUCAAUAUUUCGUGGCAAAACAUGACUUUUGCCGACAUUCCUUCCACUGUAACAAAUUCCUUCCAAAUCAGGCCAAUUGACGAUCAUCAUGUGUGUGGAUUUCUGCAGAAAUGCGGGCGUUAUUUGCGUUAUAUUGAUUUUUUGAUCCCGCAUGUCAAUAUUGGCCGGCAUGUUUUGUUCAGUAUAUGUCAAAGAUGUGUAAAUUUGCGAGAAUUGCGUUUGAUAACGGAUGUGAACGGUUGUGCAAUGACAAAUUUGCUCAAGGAGUACAGUCAUCAGUUAGCUCAGCUUCAAUCGCUUAGUAUUAGUUAUCAAGCUCAAGACGAAUUUAACAAUGGAAUGCGUGCCGUAGCCCGUUCAAUGACUGAAUUACGCACUUUUCGUUUGGACUGUUAUACAAUGCCGUCAAAUGUGUCUGCUUUGUUUCCUAAUAGUCCUCAUAUGAAGAUAUAUUCUCUUUUAUUAAGACAGCCAUCAAAUAUUGGUGUAAGCAGUAGUUCGUCAGCAGUUGGAUCAUCUACUAUGCAAUAUGACUGUAAAUAUGUUCGUCCUGAAUUUGUAAUCGAAUUCUUUGCUUAUUUGGGAGAUGUAUAUCUCGAACUUGAACAGCUUGAUAUUUCAUUUGAUACCAAUUAUCCGGUAAACGAGGAAAAAAUAUAUCAUAACUUACGAAUGAUAGGGACUUCACGCCCACUAAAACGCUUGAAUAUGCGAAUUGCUGCACUUCUCGAUAACAGCACAGAGUGGUUUGGAACGAGAGCUUUACAGGCUUUAGCUUAUUUUCCUACUCUCACGCAUUUGUCGUUGUGGACUUGCGCUCUACCCGCUGAUUUACCUGAAAUAAUAGCAAGUUCACCAUUAGCAAAUAAUUUGACAAUGUUGCGGUUAGCAAUCGUGCGCAAUUUAUCAAACACUAUGUUAUGCGCAAUAUUUCGUGUUUUGCCAUCACUCACAUCGUUCACGCUAAUUUAUAGUGUUGACGGACGUUUCAUUUGUCCACCUUGCAUUGAUGUCUUUACCUUCGUGCAUCUUUUUCAGUGCUGCCCUAAAAUAAACGAGUUGGAAUUACAUGAUUGUGUGACAGUGAACACAACACGUUUGGCUUUUGCGGCUCAUUCCCAUUUUCAUAAUUCAAACGCUUCUUUGAGGCAUGUUAUUUUUUCUUUUUCUGAGUUUGUAGGCAGUAGUGAUCGUUUGAAAAUAAUAGUGAAAACAAGAGAACGCAAGAGACGACGUGAUUUAUCAAAUAGAUUAUUACGGUGUUGUACAGAGAUUGAGUGCACGCAAAAUACAACAGUAAUUAAUAUUUAUAAAACUUGUUCUCAUCCAGAAAAAAAACGUCAGUCGAAAUAA